CUGAGAAAUCUGUGCGUUUUCUCUUUUAUUGUUGUUAAAAUUCAUAAUAGAUCAAAAACCCUGGAGUCAUAACUUGCAAAGGUUUUUUUUUUCAAUAUAAAAAUGACAAUGGAUACGGACGAUGAAAAGGUAUACAGCACAGCAAGAAGAAGAGACCUCCCGCCAAUUUCGCACGUGCAGAAACGAGGACCGCGUGCAUUGCCAUCUUUGCCAAGCCAAGACACAGCAGACGAGAUGCCAAUUCCUAAGAAGAAAAAGAAGAAGAAGGCCAAGCUGGAGGAGGGCAUUGAGGCGGCUGAGGUCCCUAAAGGGGACGGCGGGAUCGAAAUGGAAGGCCUGACCAGUCCGAGACAAACAGAGAGCCGGCAGCGUUUAACUCCCGAACCUUCUGAACUCCCAACACAAGGAAAGAAAAAGAAGAAGAAAGCCGAGACAGUCGAUCAGGACUGCGAUCAGGCCAACCUGGUGCUGAAUGGCGACAUGGCGGAUCAGAUCUCAGACGAGGAAACGACGCGGAAACCGAAGAAAAAAAAGAAGACGAAGCCUAAAGUGACGGAAAUGGAGCCAAAUAACGAUCUGGACAUUGAAGAAGAUGACAUCAUUACGGGUGCCCAGCCUCCGAUCCCCCAGCAUGCACUGUUCUCCGCUCCUCAGGGUCAAAGUCAGCCUGUGGCCAAGGUGUUCAUCGAGAGGGGGCGUCGCUUUCAACCAGCCGAGCGUACAGAUAGGUGUAGGAUCAGCGAUCACACGGAGCACAACUUCAUGGACGUCCAGUCCACGUGGACCACCAGAGACGUGUCCGUCAGAGUGCAUCGUGGCUUCAGGGUGAUCGGCUUGUUCUCUCAUGGCUUUCUAGCUGGUUAUGCUGUUUGGAAUAUUAUUAUGCUCUACGUUUUGGCUGGAGAUCAGAUGACCGCACUGCCAAACUUACUGCAGCAGUACCACACGCUCGCCUAUCCCGCACAGUGCCUCUUUUACUUGCUCCUGGCCCUUAGCACUGUUUCAGCCUUUGACAGAUUGGAUCUUGCCAGAGCAUCGACUGCAAUGAGGAGUUUCCUCACUCUUGAUCCUGUAGCAUUCGCCUGCUUCUUGUAUUUCUCAGCUUUGGUUCUAUCUCUAAGCCAGCAGAUGACCAGCGAUCGCAUUAAUCUAUACUACAGUGUGAACUCUUCACUGUGGCUGCCUGGCUCAGAGCGCAGCAUCCUGUAUCCCUGGAUCAUCGUGCAUCUAGUGGUCACCCUGUUAGUGGGCUUGGCCUGGGUCCUAGUGUCCACCUCUCCGGAUGUGGAUUACAUGGAAGAUUCUUUAAUUGCGAUGAAAAUAGAACAUCCCAACGUGGAGGAGAAAGGAAGCGUCACUGCUUGAGAAGCAGCUCCAAAUGAAACUGAAGCACUGUUCUUGCUCAUUCUGUACAGGAUAACUUUGUAAAUAAACUUUUUUACGGAAAACAUGACUGUUUGCAUUUGUGUGUGUUGGAAGUGAGGCAGCCAAGAUGUUUCUACUGUAAUGCUAAGAAUCUAGAAGAAAAUUUAUUAGAUUGCAAGGAGUUGUGAUUUCUUUUCAACAAAUCUUCAACGGUUUCAUGCAGAUGUGGGACUG